AUGGUGCACAAUAUAGACACAGCCGCAGCAUCGCCCUCGUUCAAGCUGAGCAGCGUCGGCGCCCCGAGUCCGCUACGCUCUCCACUCAGCAGGAGAGACAGCAGAGACAUGGCAUCGUCGCACCGCCAAUCCUUCAGCGAGCGCGGCAUUCCCAACUCUCCACGCCAGCGCAAUCCCUCCUUGUCGCAGCAGGCCAUCCAGGAUCUGAUUAACAACCCUCCUGUUGGCCGCAAGGACGAUGCCAUCCCUAAAUUUGCUGGACGCGACUGGCGCAGCAUCACCCUGCAAGAGAUAUUGGUGCCCGACGAGGUUCGCUUCGUCGAGGUCGAUAGCACCAUUGAGGCCGCUACCAAGUCUGGAUCGCCCAAUGUUAUCCUCAUCCGCGAAUCUCCCUCGACACGCCAGGCCAUUGGUCAGUUCGACUACGACGACCUUAAUGCCUAUCUCCUCCUCGUUACCGGCCUCGCUCAUCCGCAAGACUCUGACUUCGAUCAAGUCGACAAGAUUGUCUCUCGCGCGCGUACAAACCAACCUGUAGAGCUUGGCCACGUCAAGGACCUACUCGGCCGUAAAGAGUCGCCUGCUUUCUGUGAUGCCUCGGCCACGUUGGCUCGCGCUGUUGAGAUAUUUGGUGGUGGCUGCCAUCGCAUUAUCGUACGCGCCCCUGGUUCAGAAGAUGUUGUGGGAAUCUUGAGUCAAUUGAGACUGGUGCGAUUCCUGUGGGAGAACAGAGCUAGCUUCCAGCCCGUCGAGCAGCUGCACAACCGUUCGCUGAAGGAGCUCGAGCUAGGCAGUCACUCGGUCAUCUCUAUCAAUGGCGACCGUCCACUCAAAGAUGCCCUGCUCCUCAUGCAUAGCGAGGGCAUCACUUCGCUACCCGUACUUGACAACCACAAAAACGUCAUUGGCAACAUCUCUCAUGUCGACGUGAAGCUUCUAACCAAUACCUCCGCCCUCCCUCUCCUCGACUCUUCUUGCAUUCACUUUAUCAAUGUCAUUCUUUCUGAGCGUGGCAUGAACGAAGGCCAGGAUUCUUACCCUGUCUUCUACGUCAAUCCGACUAGCACCCUUGCACACACCAUUGCAAAACUUGUCGCAACUCGUUCUCAUCGCAUGUGGAUUGUUGACGCGCCUUCACCCGCUUCUUCCAUCCCUCCUUCUCCACACCUUGGUCCUUCGGCCACCGCGCCUCCUCCCGUGCUCUCCCAACUUUCCGCAACUACUGCGGGCCCGCCAUACACGCCAGCUCAGCCUAAUGUCUCCGUAUCAGCAACAUCGCUACCAGGAGCUUCUCUCGGAGGCCACUUGAAUGGUGUCGUCAGCUUGACAGAUCUGCUCAAUCUCUUUGCUCGUAUGUCUGGACUCAGUCCAUUGGACCCAGACGAGACUAGACGUCGACGCCGUAGGAGCAGCAGUCACUCCUCCAUGCAAGCCAGUGUCGACAGUUUCAGGAGCAGCGCCGACAUCAGCCGUACUGGCAGUCAGCGCAGAUGA